ACCUCUCGCAUUACUUACUGGAGCUCCUGCCGCACUCCUGUGUGUUGCGGCUACUGGAACAUUCAAGACAUUGUGAUCGUCUGUUGUAAUUUGUUUUUAGCGUGUUUGCUUGUAUGUACAUCUACUGGAACAAGAAUGGUGAUAUAGAACUCCACCUCAAGCAGAUGCAGGGUUACACAUACCACUGCUGCCACUGAGAGUCUGGACUGUACCAUACACUAAAGCUGUUAAAUAAUGUUUAAACACGUGCUGGUCUUGCUGAGGUACCGCCGAACGCUGUUUUCCUUGGUGGUGUUACUCCUUUGUGGCGGUUUGCUGAUGGAUGGGGAGCUGCUCCUAUUGACAAGCUCUUCAAACAGCGGGUCAUUCCUGAACAGGUCACAAAAGUACAGGUUGAUGUCCACGGUGCCAGUAACAUGCUCGCCGCGGACCAAUAUUGCUUUUCUCAAGAAUCACAAGUGUGCUUCUACUGCCAUACAGAACAUUCUCUUCCGUUAUGGUUACAAACACAAUCUCAAAUUCGCUCUGCCAGAAAAGGGAAAUUUCUUCGGUACGGGACUCGAUAGUUUCCGAGCCGAAAUGAUGCUUUCCUCCACCUUGAACAAACUCCAGCCCAACAUCUUUGCCAUCCACACCAAAUGGAACCACAUUGAGGUGAAGAAAGUUAUGCCAACCAAUACUGUAUUCUUCACCAUUGUCAGGGAACCCAUCGCUCUCUUCGAAGCCUUCUAUGCCUUCUCCAGGGCCAAAAAGAGGACUGGCCUGACCCUGGAGCAGUACAUCAGAGAGGUGCCUACCAAUCAGAAGAGGGAGAACAAGGCAGGCCUUUUUCACUACAAUACAAUGGCUUGGGACUUUGGGAUGCCUGAAGAAAAACUCAAUAACCUUAGUGAUGUCUGGAAUAUGGUAAUGCAGGCAGAUGAGCAAUUUGGGUUGGUGAUGGUUGUGGAGAGGAUGGAAGAGUCACUGGUGCUACUAGCCGACUACUUGUGCUGGGAGCUGAGUGACAUGCUUGUGCUGGACCUCAACUCACUCAGGAAUAAGUUCAAAAAGCCUCUACGGCAGGAAUUACGGAAUAUCUUGCAGAAAAAGCUUGCUCCAGAUUAUCUUAUAUACAGGUAUUUCUUGAAGAAGUUUGACCAACAAGUCGAAGCCUAUGGAAGGGACAGAAUGGCAGUAGCAGUGUCCAGGCUACGAGACAUGAUGGCAGUGCUCAUGGAUCUAUGCAGUUUCAUAAAAAAAAAUGCUCCACAACUUGCUGGGAAGUAUAGGCCCAGCUCAAAUAAGGUGGAAGGCUUCAAGGCAAAUGGUGACAUGUGCAGUCUUUAUACAUUACCAGAGCUUUCAUUCCUAAGUUUACUGAGACAGAAGCAACGUAAAGAAAUCACCAUUCACAAAACCAAUACUAGCCAACCUCCAGGAUAGCUCCCAAGAUUCCAGCCUAACCUACAAAGUCCUCAGAUAAUGCAAGACCUACCUCCAGAGGACAUGACAACUCACCAGAAUCUAAUUGGUUGACAUAUUUGCUAUAAGGACCUUUGGAGCAUUAAAGCUGUGGCACCAUUACACUCCAAAGAAGACAAAGACCAAAAAACAACAUAGCUAGAUUCUUCAUCAGAAUCAUCCUACUAUUCCAAACACAGUAUUAGGAGAGAAGAUAAACUUAUAGGAUAAGAUAGGUCAAAAUAGAACUGCAUAUUUUGGGUUCAAGUUUGGUAAAGUCUAGCUUUUAAAAAGAGACUAGAUAUUAGAGUGGCAAAUGGCCAUUAGGGAUUGAAGUAAUGAGGUUGCUGGUAUUGAGUCAAUAGAAGCUUUAAAAGAUGAAGUGAUGGACAGAGAUUAUAAGCAGAUAUAGGUAGCCAGGUUUUAUGCAGGGAUUUUAAUUUAUAGGCCUACUGGCUUCUUGCAGCUUACCUUAUUUUCUUAUAUUUUUGCAUUCUCUAUUGAAUUGAACACAGUAAAUAUUUCCUGUGGAUUAGCACUGGGAAAUCUGGUGAGAGAGAAUUAAUAAAAAUCUGAUAUUUUCUUAUUAUGACUAUUAUUGUGUUCAUGACAGUGCAAACACACCUGAAAACAUGAUUCAGGUUUCCUACACUCACAUCUCAUCUAUCCAGUAAUGAUAUGGUGCUUGCUCUUCCUCUCUCUUAUAUAAAAAAACACUAAAGACAUUCUUUCUAGGACAGGGGUUUUCAACCACAGGAAAAUUUUAGGUUUUCUUGAGAAGAUAAAUUGAAACCAAAGAUUAGCACACUCAAAAUUUGAAAUAUCAAUCUUUGUAUUGUCUUUCACAAAGUGCUGUAUACACUGUUAUUUGAGGCAAAUAAAUGUAACAUAAUUCUAAUUUUAAAAAGGAGAUGAUAUUUUAACCUGAUAAAAAGCUACAAGUUAAACAAAAGAGAGAGGAAAACAUCUAAGAACCACUGCCACUAAUGCUAGCAGUAAAAAUAUAAAUACAUUUCAUGGGCUCCUCCUCUUUUCUAAGGUUCAUGAUAAUAAUAAUAAUGACUUGCCCUUUCUCACAAUUGCCAGAGCCAGAGAAAGAAAACAUGAAACAAUAUAAUAUCAUCAUCUGCAUGAUUACAUAAUACACAAAAAUGGAGAACUCUAAAAACCUUUCCUAACAGAGAGAGUAGAGGAAAAAAAAUAAUCUGACAACAUAACAAUGAGAGCUUCAUACACAUUCAGCUCUCCAUUACAUAACUCUUCAAACUUAAAUCUAGGAGCACCUUAAAUGCCCUUGGCCUCAACUCUAAGCCAAAUGAAUGAAUAUUUACAACAGUAAGCAGUAACAAUUAAUAAUAUCGUGAUAGUAGUGGUACUAAGAGUAGUCAUAGUAGUAUAGUGGUACUCAGUAGGAAAGUGGAGGUUUUAACAUUAAGAAAGGAAAGAAAGGAACAACACUGUGAUCCAGACUAUGCAUGUCCAAGGCUUUUCAGAAGUGAUAAGGUGAGGAAGUGAGAAAAGGAAAUCAAUUUACUAAAAACCUUGGCUGAUUGACCCCAAUUCUUCAAGACCUCUCCUAAGAAUAUGCAAGGGAUGAAGUUAGUAUUCAAGGAAAAAAUACUGUGGUAAUUGAAAGGUAGUAGUAGUAGUUAUAGCAAAACUAGCAGUAGCUACUACAGUAGUAACAGACCCGUUUCCUGAAUUGAGCGUGAUUUUAAUGGCAAGGAGCUUAGGUAGUGGUAGGCAAUUCUUGCAAUAAUUACUAAAAAAUAUUUUAGGAGUUCCUAACAACAUAGCUAGUCAGCAAGCAUCUGGUGCUACACAACCACUGGCUGGACAGCAGUGGUGAAUAUUUUACACUUGCUGUAAUUUCAAAUGGGUACUGUGACAAUAUAUGUGUACUGAAGUCUUUUUAAGAGCAGUAAUAAUACUGAUGCACCAUCAUAAUUCCCAACACCCUCUCUUCCACUGAUUACAGCACAAAAUAACUAAAUGAACCAAGCUUCCAUUAUUAAUGAAAAGCCAGAGGCACAGUGUAUAAUAGCUUUGAAUCUAAAUGAUAUAAGGUCAAUAAAAGUAAUCCAUAGUGUUUCCAUCACAAAGUAUAAGGAUAAAAAAUUAAAACACUUAUAGUGAAAUAAAUAUUUAGAACUGUAUGACUUCAUUAUUGCAAACUUUUUAAACUUAAGACAUAGGGGCAAUGAAUGGAGCAAAGUAAAGGGAAGAAAACAGUAAGGGAUAAGGAGAAAUACAGAUAGAGCUGAAGUGUUUGUUUCCUGCCUCUGCCAUAAAUAACCAUCAAAAGUACACCCAUUGAGGUUGUAACUCAUAAGUGUGAACAUCAUACUUAAGAACAACUCAAAGGAUUCGCAUGCAUACUUCAAUUCAAUACAUUAUAUGCAUUCAGAAUUCAAAAGUGUUUAAUCUUUCAUGUAACGAGAAACUUAAUUGAUAAUCAAAUUUCUAUAUAACACAAAUAUUUCCUUGAGCGAAAAAUAAUCCUAAAAUGCAUAAAAUCAUAACGUAGUGGGAUUUCUUAAAAAACAAUGAUGAAAUAAGAAAUUUUGUAUAUAAACAAAAAAUGGAAUACAAUUUAACUAAUUUAUGUUUUCAGUUUCAGAUCAAUUUAUGGCUAAGCUGCAAAACAAUGUCAUAAGUAACACUUUGGGGAUUGAGAGAGAGAGAGAGAGAGAGAGAGAGAGAGAGAGAGAGAGAGAGAGAGACUCAAUGUAAGGUAAAACAGCACCACUGCCUUUAAAC